UUCUAGUCGGGGGCGCUAAAAUUAUAGCCGCGGUCGAGCCAUGCGAACUCGCCGGCUUCGCCGGCUCGAGAGUACCUAAAUCCCUGUUGAUGUAAAACCGAGAGACAGAAAACGAGACUCUAAAAACGUCGGUUCAGAGUGCUUUCCGGCCGAGUGUUUUCCGGCCGAGAGGUCCCAUUUCCGAUCCUUCCACGGAAAGACCUGACGUUCUCCGGCGGCAACUAUCCCCUCUAGAGAACUAAACACACUAUUAGCGAUCUGCAACGCGAACUCUCAAGUUCUUCUCAGUUCGGGAACACCCCGCUGCCCUACCGGUGACCCGGAGCAAACGCCUUAUUUAUAACGAUGGGCCACGAUAUUGGACAUGCAACGGACCCUGGAAACAGGUAUGGGGACGUCAACCAGGACUACUGCGUUGUCCAGGAGGUCUACGCCCCCGGCGAGGUCCCUGCAGGCCACCGACAAAUUUACAUAGCAGCUAUAUGUGAUGGGCACGGGGUGCUUGGGGACAAAGCAGCAUGCUACGCGGGGAAAACGUUGGUACGGCACCUCUACACCAGCUGUCUGCGCAACCGGCUGCUGAAGGACCUGAAUGGGGAGGCGGAGAAGCUCAUGUCCGCAGCAUUCCAGCGCGGGCAUACCGCGGCCCUGUCCCUGUAUGACGACCCCCCAAAGACCGUGCGCUGCGGAGGCCAUCGGAAAACAACGGCGACAUACACGCUCACAACCAGUGGCGGAGUGUGCGUGUACAAGAACGGCAGCGGGCCGGAGCGGCUGCUGGAGUUCGGGUCUACUUGCACCUGUGCCGUGGUGCAGGGGCGGUCCGUGUGGAUGGCCAACGUCGGUGACUCCACAGCAGUGCUUGGGACCGACAACGGUGCGUCGUACACGUCCAAAACGCUGACGGUGCGGCACAACGGGCAUAAUGCGGAGGAGGCGAAGCGGAUGAAGGAGGGCUUCUCGGGCACAGUGAACCUGAAGGAUGCUGCGCACGAGGACGGCUACCUGCAGGUGGUGACGGGGCCGUGGCAGGGUUACGAGCUGAGCGUGACGCGCGCGCUGGGGCACAAGCACAUGAGCGAACACGGCGUGCUGACGGAGCCGUACGUGGUCACAUUUGAGGCCAGCAAGGACGACUGCUGCCUGAUCAUGGCCUCGGACGGCGUCUGGGACGUGAUGGACGGGCAGGAGGCAGUGAACAGGGUGAUGGAGGUGGCGAGCGAGGGUAAAACUGCGGCCCAAGCAGCUAAGAUGCUGGUGGAGGAGGCGGUGGAGCUUGGCGUGAAGUCCCCGUGUGGAGAGGCGGACAACACAUCAGCAAUUGUGGUCUUCUUUGCUUAGCAGGAAGAGGACGGUAACGCAAGGAGUUCUGUGGGUCUGCCCUAGGACGGGCAGCGGCGGAUGCUGGCUUGUGGGGGCGGGUCCUGCGUUAUGCGUAGUCUACAUGAUGACAUGUUUGUGUUUUCGAAGUGUGUUGUUCUUGCAGAAUUGUUGUUAAAGCUCACUCGUGUUUACCUUCUAACCGUAGUAGCAACGACCUGUAUGCCAUGUGCCAGGGUGAAAGACAGCGCGGUUACAAUGGCACUCCUGGCAGUUAUGGGUGCCACUACGAUGCGGACACUGAAGCGCUCAUUCCAAAGCGUUCUCAAUCCAAGCGCCAGUAACUCAGAUGCAUUCCAUUGCGGUUGGGUUUGGUCCCCACGAGCCCCAUAACGGGGCGCAUUGGGCUGCGCAGCUAUUAUGUAUCGUUCCCCGCUUCUGCCGUCGUAAGGUGAACGUGGUGCCUCAAGCUACCCUGCCUCAGCCCAUACUACCCUGCCUCAGACGUGGCCCAGACCGUGGCCCAGAGGGGGCGGCCACCUUGGGUGUGGGCACCCUUGCAGGGCGUCGGGUGAUGAUGUGAUGAGAGUCGCCCCGGUUAGCGCACGUGCUCGAGUGCUGUGCCGCAAUAGGGUGAACGUGGCGGUGAAUCGGCUUAGGUGGACAUUGCGCCGCCCAACACGGCAAAGAUUGGGCGCGCAUUGCUGAAGCAGAGGGCACGGCGGCGAGGAUAGUUGUCUUUGGAUGUGCAUACCGUAUUCGCAUUCUGCGGGGUUUGGUUAGUGGGCAUAUGGCCGGUACGUCACUGCGUCCAUUUGCAGUGUGCCCUGCGAAUGUGGACCCUUGCGGACAAGGCAGAUUGCGCAUGACCUACUCUUACGCAAGCUCUUACUGCAAAACCGCUGUGUAUUGGCUAUUGGUGAUUUGAAUUUGAACAUUCGCGCGGUCGUCUCAUGGAUUGUCUCUGUGCUACGGCGCUAUGCCACCCUCAGAUCUGAUUGCAACACGCCAGCAACGGUGCGCGCACAUUCGCGCUGCAAGGUGUGGAAACCGUCCACGCCCGCAGGCUUGAUCGUAGCAUCAGUAGCCGUGGAGUCUAUCCGCACAUGUUUUGGCGCAUAUUUGGCGGUAUCUGAAGACGUUUUGGGGGUUCGGGGGUGCGCCCCCUAGGGAAAAUGUUCCGGGCGUAGGGGCCAUAGACGCUCUGUAGACGCCGCGGGCCUGAGGUCAUCUACAAGAUACGGGCACUGGAACGCAUGUCAGCAGUGGCUCAGUGCCUGUGCCAUAGCAUUGAGCAUUGGAUGCAGGGAAGGGGGGGGGCAGAAAGCUCAGGAUCUUACCCGAUGCUCGAUAGCGCAGAGCUUGAGGAGAGCACUACGCACGUACUUUUAGUGUUGUCAGGGAUGAUCUGGUGGGGAAGUUCUGGGCCGCCAAAGUUGGGGGGUCGGUCGUUGUCCUGGGGAUCCGCCGGGUUUCGGAAGCCCAUCCUGGCAGAUUCCGGGAGGCCCCACAAGCAGAACUCAGCACCAAACGCACCUGAACAAGGCUGCCGAUGCACGCUGUCCAUACAUCACAUAGAGUUGAACAGGGGGUGGGCUGGGUCGAGAGGAUUUCCAUAGAUAGCCCGCGUGUGCAGGGUUGCCUAAUACGCGACCCUCUCUCCAUAAUACGCGUAUUAAUACAGCGUACUAGGAUUUCUAGUACAGUACGUUAAAAUACGGUGCAUAAUACGCUGGGCCAGGAAAUCCGGGGGAAAGCCGGUGCAAACACGACACGCGUGCCCGCACCAUGCCCGAAUCGGUGUGAAUUUGGAUUUGCGCGGCCAUAGUCUUAAAGCGUAGUUUCCUUCAACUUAUUGUACUCAUAUUAAU